AUGAAGAGGGAAAUCAAGAUGAAUCAUUGGAGUCAAAGUCUUUAUCUGCAGAAGACCAGGUAAAGGACCAUUCCUCAGGAACUCGAGUGGUAGCAGGUCAGAUCUUCCUUGAAUCAGGGAAAUCAGACUCUCAAUCGGAGGAUGAAGCGAACUUUCGUAGUCAAGAGGAGGAGAAAGAGAAUUUGCUGGAAGAAGUGAACUCUCUAGAAAUGUCAAAUCUAUUAAAUAAGGAUUUGGAAGAAGUAGAAAUACAGAGUCCAGUUUUGACAGCUAUUGGAGGCACUGCAGAUGGUGAGCCUUGCCACUUCCCCUUCUUAUUUAUGGAGAAGGAGUAUGCAGAGUGCACUGCAGAUGGGAGGGAAGAUGGCAGGCUUUGGUGUGCAACAACCUAUGAUUACAAGAAAGAUCAAAAGUGGGGCUUUUGUGAAACUGAAGAGCAAUCUAAUAAGAGAAGGCAGAUGCAAGAAGCUGAGGAUGUUUAUCAGACUGGAAUGAAAAUCCUUAAUGAAAGCAGUAAAAAGGCUCAGAAGAAAGAAGCAUAUCAAUAUCUUCUGAAAGCAGCUGACAUGAAUCAUACCAAGGCAAUGGAGAAAGUGUCUUACGCUUUGUUGUUUGGGGAUUACCUGAAGCAGAACAUCCAGUCAUCAAAAGAACUAUUUGAAAAACUAACAGAAGAAGGUUCUCCUAAAGGACAAAUGGCUCUUGGAUUUCUGUAUGCAUCUGGUCUAGGAGUCAAUUCUAGUCAAGCUAAGGCCUUGGUGUAUUACACUUUUGGAGCUUUAGGAGGAAAUCUGAUCGCCCAUAUGAUCUUGGGUUACCGGUACUGGGCUGGGAUAGGAGUUCUUCAAAGUUGUGAAUCUGCUCUCACUCACUACCGACUCGUAGCUAAUCACGUUGCUAGUGACAUUUCUUUGACUGGUGGCACAGUGGUUCAGCGAAUUCGCUUAGCAGAUGAAGUAGAAAAUCCAGGAAUGGCAAGUGGGAUGCUAGAAGAAGACUUGAUUCAGUAUUACCAGUUUUUAGCAGAGAAAGGAGAUGUACAAGCACAGGUUGGCCUUGGACAGUUGCACUUGCAUGGAGGAAGAGGAGUAGAGCAAAAUCAUCAGCGAGCAUUUGAGUACUUCAAUCAAGCAGCUAAUGCUGGCAAUUCACAUGCCAUGGCCUUUCUAGGAAAGAUGUACUCAGAAGGAAGUGAUGUUGUACCUCAGAGUAAUGAAACAGCUCUUCAGUAUUUCAAGAAAGCUGCUGAUAUGGGUAAUCCAGUUGGACAGAGUGGAUUAGGAAUGGCUUACCUCUAUGGAAGAGGUGUUCCAGUGAACUAUGAGCUAGCACUGAAGUAUUUCCAGAAGGCUGCAGAACAGGGAUGGGUUGAUGGACAACUUCAACUAGGUUCCAUGUAUUACAAUGGCAUUGGAGUCAAGAGAGACUAUAAGCAAGCUUUGAAGUAUUUUAACUUGGCCUCCCAGGGUGGCCACAUUCUGGCGUUUUAUAAUCUCGCUCAGAUGCAUGCUACUGGCACUGGAGUGAUGCGAUCUUGUCAUACUGCUGUUGAAUUGUUUAAGAACGUAUGUGAACGGGGACGUUGGUCUGAAAGACUGAUGACCGCCUACAACAGCUAUAAAGAUGGUGAUUCAAAUUCUGCUGUGGUUCAGUAUCUUCUUUUGGCAGAACAAGGCUACGAAGUUGCACAAAGCAAUGCUGCUUUCAUACUUGAUCAGAAAGAAGCUAGCAUAGUAGGAGAAAAUGAAACCUAUCCUCGAGCUUUGCUUCAUUGGAAUAGAGCAGCUUCUCAAGGAUAUACUGUUGCAAGAAUUAAACUUGGAGAUUACCAUUUUUAUGGUUUUGGUACUGAUGUUGAUUAUGAAACUGCAUUUAUUCACUAUCGACUGGCAUCAGAGCAACAGCACAGUGCCCAAGCAAUGUUUAAUCUGGGAUACAUGCAUGAGAAGGGAUUGGGCAUCAAGCAGGAUAUUCAUCUUGCAAAACGAUUCUACGACAUGGCAGCUGAAGCAAGCCCAGAUGCUCAGGUUCCAGUCUUCCUAGCACUUUGCAAGCUUGGAGUGAUUUAUUCCUUGCAGUAUGUACGAGAAAUCAAUAUAAGGGAGGUAUUCUCACAUAUUGAUAUGGACCAGCUGCUGGGGCCUGAGUGGGACCUUUACCUUAUGACCAUCAUCGCCUUGCUUCUGGGAACAAUUAUAGCUUACAGACAAAGGCAACAUCAGGCAAUUCCCAGACCAGCAGGACUGCGGCCAGCUGUGCCUCAACAAGAACCACCACCAGAGCAUCAACCACCACAAUAGCAACAAAAGCCUCAGUGAAAGAACUGGAUUUUUCCAAAAGGAACAAUUUUCAUUGUGAGUUAGGACUUUGGAUCAACGGUCCCUCCCCCAAAAGAGGCGCAAAGAAGUUUAGGGAAAAAAAAAAAGUCUGAAAGCUGCUU